AUGUGCAAAGCAACACUCACACACUUCAGCUGUUUAUGCACAGCCCUCGUAGUUCACUCAUGCGCCCUUGGUUUUCCACUCGGUCGUAUGGUUUGCGGUCCGCCCAACCUAAUCAAGAAAGAUAUAUAUGCCUAUUCACACUGCGAUGAUUGUGUGGAAGGCGCCCCUCUAAGAGAGGAGAAACGAGUCAGACUAGAAAAGAAGGCAAGUGAGAGAUGGAUGGAGGUUGUGGAAGAUGUGAUCGGUGAUGGUGAUGAGCAUGGUGAGGGAGUGGAAGAAAUCAGAUCGGAAUGUGCGGAUGAGAGAGUUGGGGAUGAAGGAGAAGGCGGGGUUUACGAUGAGGGUAAGGAUCAAACCAAGGAAGGACACCAGGAAGAAAACGAAGACGAAGAGGCGUGGUUAGCUGCUCAAGAAGCAAUUCAAUCUGAGCUCGAAAACUCCGAAGACACCUCCGAUGAAGAUGAUGAUUUGGCUGCUGCUGCACAAUUACUUUCAGCGCUUAGACAGGAACUCGGGAAGGGUGAUAUAGUUUCGCAGGACGCAGAUAUUGAUGAGAGUGAGGAGGGCAAGGAAGAGGGAGAUGAAAAGGAAUAUAAGGGGCAUGUGCAGACAAUCAUGGAAAACUUGAGUAGGCUGAGAGAUAGGAGUGAAAGAGUGGAGGUUGAUUCUAUGGUUGCGGAGCAGGAAGAUUGGGGAAUUUAG